UUGACCGAAGAGAUGUUGACUUUGCAAAGGUUAAAGGUGGCCGCCUCAGCCAACAAAUGGGGUUUCUCAGGAGGGGAGGGUUGUUGUUCUUUCUCCCGCAGGAAUGAAGUGUCAGGAGGAUGCAGAGGUCACCCCAGCCCCUGCUGAGCUGCCGAGUGACAGCACCAGCUGCAGAAGGUGCCGGAGCAGCGCGACCCGCGGGGUCCCACGCUGGGGAGGGUUUGCCACCUCCUUUUCCCACAGCUCAACGGAGAGGAACGACAGCGAGGGCUCCGUCGGGAAAACGGGGGCCCAGCAGCUCCAGCGGGAACACAAAGCGACGCACGGGAAUCGAGUCGCGCCCAUGGACGGACCUUCGCUCGGACCUCAUGGGGAUCCCCCAACGGGAGCCUAAAGCUGCUCCUGGCUAAAGUCAACACUACAAUAACACUCAAUCCUCAUUUCCCUCCUAUUGCCCAAGCAUACGUGCAAGGACAGAAAUGUGGUUUUGCAUCAUUAGCCAGAUAAUUGUUUAUUCUCUAAUACAACACAGCAACAACUUCAAAUCAUUACAAGAGUUCUACCUAAAGAAUUAAGUAUCAGAUAUUUAGUGUUUUGCAAGAAAAUCAGGAUUCACUUGCCAGAACGGUGAUUGUUGUUCUUGUUCAGAAAUAUUUGGACUAAGCACACUUGGAGAAGGUGAAGCUCUAGGAACCAGAAGAUCGGAUAGGAAAACCUUUUUCCUUUUUGUCUUUUUUCCUGAUUCCUUGAAAUGUCACCAUUCUGAAUUACACGGAAGUCAAAUAAAAGCGUCGCUUAAGCCCCUGUGAAAAACGAAAGCUCCGUGUCCAUCUGCUCAACCUCUUUGUCGGAGAGAACACAAAACCAGCACGAACGGUGCGAGGGGGAAGAGACGCACACAACCUAAUUAUUGGAGAUGGUUGCAAGCGGAUAACGGGAACGUGGAACACACGCACAUGAAUUGCCACUAGAAACAUGGAAAACCUCCUUGAGAGAAGGGCAGUAACCCCAGAGAGCGGGCUGGGGCAUUCCAUCUGCCGCACUUCUGUGGAAAGGGGGUUGAGAACAGAUUCCCUGUUAAUGUCUUUUCAACUGGCUCCGGGGUCGAAGAAUCUGCUUUCUGUUAGGAAAACACUAUAAAACUUUCAACAAAAGCGAUGAAAGAUGCGUCUCCCGUUGGCAUAAAGCAGGAGAUCUCCCUGCAAGGAGCGGCACGUUGAAAACUCCCUGGAAAGGGGAAUACGGAAAGAACAACCACCACUGGCGGCAAAUUCCCACUCUUGGCAAAUACACGUGGUACAAAGCUAACGAAACCAACUAAAUCACUCAAAGCCCGCGUGUGUGCACAAGCAAGGUUUAAUACUUAAAAAAAAUUAGGAUUUGGCCUUAAAUGAUAUAUAAUCAGUGAAGUCCUUUCUUACUUUUAUUUCCCAGCUCAGCUCUUGAAAUUUGGCAUCUGUUGAAUUCUGUCUCAGGGCCUUUCCCAAACCCAAGACUUGGGGAAUUUUGUUAACAGCGCAAUAAAAAUAACUUCAUAGUGUUACAAGGAAACAUUAAAGCCUUUUUCUGUGUGUGCUGCUCUUUCCCUUUUUUUAAAAAAAAAAAAAAUACAGACAUUGUUUCUUUAAAAGGCUCCAUCUGCAAAUCCCAUUAGAUGUGCAUAUAAGGUUUCGGAUGAUUAAUAGUCGCCUGCUCUGCUUUGGUUGGCGGGACCGAGCGUGUGUACGUUAACCCCUCCUUCCCCUCUCACAUUUCACUUUGCAAACUUGUCACUCUCUCCCAGCACAGUAUUUAAAAAGUGUUUCCCGCGUGUCCAGCGCUUCACAAGGACACAAACUUCAAGCCUCAGGGAGCGAUCCGGGGCAUCGAGCUGGUUACUGGUUUCCAACUGGGACGAUGAAGAUGUUGAGAAGAGUUCACCGGGUGCCACAUCUGCGGCAGCGUGAAACCCACGGGCAAACUGUUGUUUGAGGGGGGGAAAUCUAUUCUGUACAAUUUGGGAGGAUUUUUCUCUUCUUUUUGGAAGCCUGAGCCAGAACCGGCGGCCAAGGUGGGAACCCAAGGACUGGAAGCCAAUGGAUCCCACCAGCAGCAGCUGCAUGCGCGGCCCACAGCCUUCUGCCCCAAUCUGGGGGAGCCUGCGGGGCACCCCGGAUGUCACCACAGCCUCCGGGCUCCACCACUACCCACCGGCACCGUUCUCCUGCCACCCAAAAGCAGAUUUCACCCCUUACAGUGAUUUCUCCACCCCCUGCCUGGUGGCUGCUCCCCAUAGCUUCCCGCAGGAGGAGCGCGCGUUCGGGGAGCAGCACCCCCCUUUCCAUCCCUCCGAAUGGCACUUUGCAGCCACGGAGGCCAGAAGGCGACUAAACCCCGGGCUGGCUUUGGGCUCGGGGGAGUCGGAAGGCAGCAGCCCCCAUCUAGUGAGCGCGGCCGUGGGGAUGAACGAAGAGGAGGAGGCGCCAGCGAAUACGACGAACGAGACGGAGAAAAAGGCGUCCAAAAGGAAAAAGGAAAGCUCAGAAACCCCGAACGCGAGCAGCAAGGCGGAAACGAGCAGCCGGUCGCGGAAGGAAAGGACGGCCUUCACCAAGGAGCAGCUGCGGGAGCUGGAAGCCGAAUUCGCCCACCACAACUACUUGACGAGGCUCAGGAGAUACGAGAUCGCCGUGAACCUGGAUCUCACCGAGAGACAAGUCAAAGUGUGGUUCCAAAACAGAAGGAUGAAGUGGAAACGCGUUAAAGGUGGCCAGCCGGCGUCCCCACACGAACACGACGCAGAAGACGCGGACUCUGCCGCCUCCCCCAGCUCUGACUAGUCCUCCCAGCACCGGGGGGCGCACGGAGAAACCACGGACCAGAAGGUGGAUGUAAACCCACUGCAGGGCAGCUACACCGUGAGACAACCCUAUAGCCGUGAGUCUUCCCGGGUGUGUGACGCUGGAGGUUACAGCGGCAGUUAAAGAAACUGAGGACAAAACCACAGGAUUUGGAUUUUUGACUGAAUGACUUUGCCCCUCUCGGGAUUGUCCUCCUACACACAUGUGCCUUCGGAAUAACAGCUAAAACCCACUGAAUAUAAAGCAGGAGUCCAGGCUCUCAAACACUCGGGUUGUCAGUCAGCAACAGAUAAUUCAGCUGUAUUCUCACCCAGCCUUGCCCUGGUCACAUCUAUUGAUUUGGUAUUUGGACUUGCCGAGGCACGUUUUUCUUGUGUUUUACUUUAAGAGACAUAAAUACAGAAUCACAGAAUGUCAGGGAUUGGAAGGGACCUCGAAAGCCAUCCAUGAGCACAUUCCAGUCAUGUGAGCUGUCCCACCAUGUCUCUGUCAUUGCCACCAGGUCAUCAUCUCCUGCCCUAACACGGGUUUGUAACUCCUCCUGCUGGUUCCCCAUGCUGCACGCAUUGGUGCGCAGGCAUUUCAGAGAGCGAGCCGAGCACACCGGUUUCACUCCAGGGGGAUGGGAGGCCUCCCAGCCUUCAUCAGCUCCAGAGUGAUGCCCUUCUAAUGCAAGCCCAGCUACAUCCCCAUCCCCCUUCAAGUUGAGUUUAAAGCUCUCCAAUGAGCCCUGCUAAUUCCUGUCCCAGCACCUUUUGCCCCACAAGAUAAACCUUUCCCAUGUAUCACUGUUUGGACUGGUGUCUUGUAAAACCAGCCGUUAUCAGAGAACCCAAAGCCCUGCCUGUAGCACCAGUCCUGCAGCCAAUUGUGUACAGACUGAAUUUUUCUAUCCCGUCCCAUAUCAUCAUCCAAAACUGGGAGGAGGGAAGAGAAAAUCACUUGAGCCCCAGACCCUUUUACCAUCCGUCCCAAGGCCUUGAAAUCUCUUUUCAUGCCCUCAGCCUGCGGGAUGCAGCUUCCUCCCAUCUGUCUGGAAGUUCAGCGGCGGGUAGGAGCGCGUUGGGUGCACCAGGCUGGGGAGCAUCCCGGUGAUGUCCCUGACCCAGCUCCGGGUAGACCGCACACUUCCCUACCAUGAGGGUCAGCUCUGCAGACUGGUCCCUCCGUCCCGCUCAGAAGGGAAUUGCCUACUCCAGUUACCCUUCUUUCUUUCUUAUCCGAGGCGGUUUGAGGCGUGGGGUCAACUGCCUCCUUCUCUGUGACCUCGCGGGUGGGCCUUGCACCGCAUCCUCACCCACCUCCUCUUCAAGACCCAGGGUCCCAAACCUGUUACGGAGGGGCAGCUGGGGAAGCAAACGGGUGGGGAGGGGGGGUGCCCACAGUCACCCGUAUUUCUUGCAAUGAAAAUCAAGCAUUUGUACAACCAGGCGGUAAGACUGCAAAAUAAACACUUGAGACCAAAA